ACAGACGCCAAAUGUCGCCAUCGAUCAAUGACAUUUUGUGGAGUUGAAUUUAUUGAUAUAAAGCGUUAAUGUAAAUAAUAAACAAUUUCAUCAUAAAAGUCGGCUUCUAGUCGAUAUGUAUGCCAAGGGCAAAGGCUCUACGGUGCCUUCGGACGCUCAGGCUCGCGAAAAGUUGGCGCUGUAUGUAUACGAAUAUCUACUUCAUGUCGGCGCAACGAAAGCCGCACAAACGUUUCUCUCAGAGAUUCGAUGGGAGAAGAAUAUAACACUUGGUGAGCCGCCUGGGUUCCUACAUUCGUGGUGGUGCGUUUUCUGGGACCUUUACUGCGCGGCGCCUGAGAGACGAGACACAUGCGAACAUUCAUCAGAGGCGAAAGCAUUUCAUGAUUACGGUUUUGUUAACUCUGGCUAUGGAGUCAACGGUAUUGGACACAAUGCUGGCCCAGCGCCGCCUAACGACGCUAUGGGUGGUGGCAUGCCACCAGGCUUCUUCCCAAACUCACCGCUGCGGCCAUCGCCGCCAGCUCCUCAUCCAGGAUCGCAACCGUCGCCACACGGGCCGCAGCCGCAGCUGAUGGGUACCGGCCAGCCGUUCAUAGGGCCUUGGUACUCCGGCGGUGGACCUAGAGGCACUGUCAGGAUGGGAAUGGGAAAUGACUUCAAUGGGCCACCAGGGCAAGGAAUGAUGGGCAAUUCAAUGGAGCGAGGCGGCGGCGGCGGCGCUGCGGGGCUGCUGGGCGGGCCGCGCAUGACGCCCCCGCGACCAGGCAUCGGGCCCAUGAGCCCCGGCGCCUACACGGGCAUGCGCGGCCCUCCGCCCCAAGCUCCAGGUAUGCCACCCAUGGGCAUGGGGCCGCGAGGCGCAUGGGCGGGCGGUAGCGGUGGAGGCUCCGCCCCUCUCAACUACAGCGGGGGCUCCCCCGGCGCGUACGGAGCCCCCCCGGGGAGCAACGGGCCCCCCGGACCCCCCACACCGAUAAUGCCGAGCCCGCAAGACUCCUCCAACUCAGGCGGUGACAACAUGUACACCCUGAUGAAGCCAGUGGGCGCCGGAGCCCUGGGGGCGGAGUUCCCGUUGUCCGGGGAGCACGGGCCGGCGCCUCAGCACCUGCCGCAGCCGCCCGCGGCCGAAGGCCUAGGGGGCGUAGAUGGUAUGAAAUCGUCACCAGGUGGCGUCGGAGGCGGAGGGCCGGGCACGCCCAGGGAGGACUCAGGUUCAGGCAUGGGGGACUACAACAGUCUAAGUUUCGGCGGCCCAGGAGGAGAUCAAAAUGACCAGACCGAGUCGGCCGCCAUAUUGAAAAUCAAAGAGAGCAUGCAAGAAGAGGCGAAACGGUUCGAGAAAGAUCCAGAUCACCCGGAAUACUUUAUGCAGUGAAUCGUCUAACCAAAUGCCGUCAGCUUGCCAAAAAAAAGGUACCAUUGUUUUCGGUAUCAAAACAUUUUAGAUACCUGAAAAAAGUACGUUUUGAUACCGAAAAAAAUUGGUAUCUUAAUACCGAUCCCAUUUCAAAAUUUUUUCAAGAAUAGUAUUUUUCCUGAUCUCAAAAGCAGUUUUGGCUGGUUGGCGAAGCACUUCGGUUAUUUUCAAUCGAUCUGAAGAGUAUAUUUAACUUUUUUUUUAAUGGAGUACAUUUUUUUGUCUUUUUUCGCACGUUAUUUAUUGAUUAGAGACACUAUUAUUUUUGCGUAUUCUUCUACUGUAGUCGUGUUUUAGACUAUUUGGAUGGUGAUAUUACUUUAAAUGUCGUUCUUGUAUUAAACUGUACAAUACUUCCAAUAUAUUUAAAGUUAGGCGAUCUCGUCGUCGAAAUAAUCUAAACACGGCAUCUGCACAUAGUAGCGAUUUGAAAUAGAGAAAACUUAAUUAGUGAUAUUUAUAUGUAUUAUCUAUGAUAUUUAGUUAUAUAAGUUUUUUUUAUAUCGAAUAAAGAUAUGUAUGUAUUGACUUU